GCCUCUCAGACAUUUCAGAGUGAGGUGAGCAUCAUAGACCACUGGUUUUCACACAUCUGGUCCGGCCAAACCUCGUUAUCUUCAGCGCUGUAUACAGAGAAGCUGGUCACUAUAUAGGUGAGCCACUACAGACGCGAGUAAACAUCCGACACUGCCAUGGAUUUCCAUAGCAACCUGUUAGUGUUUCCCACUGACACUGUCCCUCAGAGCGCUCCUAUAUCUGCUGACCAGGUGAGAAACAACGCAGGGGGAUACGGGUGGAAGGUGGACGACUUCACCCGCCUCAAGCGCUUCCUAUGUCUGGGUUCAGAAGGAGGCACCUACUACACUUCACAGAAGGCCCUGACACAACAGAAUGUUCAAUGUAUUGUGGAUCUUAUCAGUGAGGGAAAGGGGGUGGACGUGGUCAAGACCAUCAAACAGUUCAGUCUGGAGGGACGCACCGCCAAACAGACAUCCAUCCUACUGGCUCUUGCUGUCUGUUGCAGAAGCAGCGAUUUAACCACCAAACAAGAAGCCUACAAAGCUGUGCGUGAUAUCUGCCGAAUUCCGACCUUCCUGUUCGAGUUUAUUGAACGGUGUGAGAAGCAGGGGAAGACCACGGGGUGGGGACGGGCACACAGGAACGCCAUAUCAGCUUGGUACAACAGGUUCCAUGAUGACCCUGUCAAGCUCGCCAUGCAUGUCACUAAAUAUCGACAGAGGAACAGCUGGUCACACCGGGACGUCUUGCGACUGUCCCACACCAAACCCGUCAACGAUGCUGUCGGUGUGGUUCUGAGGUACGCCGUCAAAGGACUGUCUGAUGCUAAAGAAAUGUAUGACAAACUGGAACCAGAAUCCGUGAAGCAGGUCCUGAAGUUCCUUAGUGUUGUGGACGAGGCCAAAUCCUGUACCGAGGAAAACAAGAUGGUGGAGCUGAUUCGACAACAUGGACUAGUACGGGAGCACAUCCCCACAUCACUGCUGUCGUCGGUUUCUGUUUGGAAAGAACUGCUUCAGAAAAUGCCGAUGACAGCGAUGAUAAGGAACCUUGGUAAGAUGACUUCCAUCGGUGCGCUAACAGACGGUAGCUCUGAGGAAGAUCUGGUGGUUCAGAAAGUGACAGACCGAGACUCCCUGAAACAAGCCAGGAUCCACCCGUUCAAUGUGUUGGUGGCUCUGAAGACCUACUCAGCAGGAUGUGGAGAGAAGGGCAAACUGACGUGGACACCAACUAAACGUAUCGUGAAAGCUCUGGAUGAUGCAUUCUAUCUGUCCUUCAAAUUUGUGUUACCAACGAACAAGCGUUAUCUUCUAGCAGUGGACGUGAGUGGUUCCAUGGGUUGUUCUGUGAUGGGUACAUCGUCAGUCUCGUGCAGGGAUGCUGCAGCAGCCAUGAUGAUGGUCACGAAGCGGACUGAAAACCCAGAUAAUUCCACCGUUGUUGCCUUCUGUGAUAAGUUAACCCCCCUUAACAUCGGACCUAAGGACAGUUUGGACACAGUCGAAAGAAGGACGAAUUCUUUAAAUUUCGGAGGGACUGACUGCGCGCUGCCGAUGGUGUGGGCUAAGGAAAAAAAGAAGUUGUUUGAUGUGUUUGUUGUGUACACGGAUAGUGAGACUUGGUUUGGAAAAAUUCACCCAUCUGAAGCUCUUCGCCAGUACAGGAAGUGGAGUGGAUUGUGGGAUGCUCGUCUGAUCGUCUGCGGAAUGGCCAGCAAUGAGUUCACAAUUGCAGACCCGGAUGAUCCCGGGAUGAUGGACGUUGUGGGUUUCGAUUCAGCAGCCCCAGAAGCCAUGCGCUCCUUUGUCAUGGGCGAAAUAUGACUCCUCCGUAACAGCAUUCGUUAGUUGUUUGUCAAUUCAUUAUGAAUACAGUUUUACAGUUUAUCAAAACAUUGCAGGCUGGGCUGAAUAUGACUUCUCAGGGAGAAUCUGUGUACGUUGUCGACUCAUUACAGAGUGAACCUUCAUAUGUUUAGCAGUGGUACUUGUAGAACAUGCCAGAACA